AUGAUCGUGUCCAAUGUGAGCUUCAGCGGCUGCACGAGGGCCAAUAGCGCGCUGUGUACGGGUGCUGCAGAGAGGCACCUGGAACACAAUUUAUCCCGCACCACUCUCAGUCCGACCGGGAACCUGAUAGUCUCAGUGUGUUUGGGCUUCAUUGGCACCUUCGGAUUCCUCAACAACCUCCUGGUUCUCGUCCUCUUCUGCCGUUACAAGGUGCUGCGCUCGCCUAUCAACUUGCUACUGAUUAACAUUUCAUUCAGUGAUCUGCUGGUGUGUGUGGUGGGAACUCCGUUCAGUUUCGCGGCAAGUACACAGGGAAGAUGGCUCAUAGGAGAAAGUGGGUGUGUAUGGUACGGCUUUGCCAAUUCACUAUUAGGAAUCGUGUCCCUCAUCUCCCUGGCCGUGCUCUCCUACGAGCGUUACUCUACCAUGAUGGGUCCAACCGAGGCCGACUCCACCAACUACCGGAAGGUAGCCUUGGGCAUCGCUUUCUCCUGGGUCUACUCACUGAUGUGGACCCUGCCGCCGCUCUUCGGCUGGAGCCGCUACGGCCCCGAGGGGCCCGGCACCACCUGUUCCGUGGACUGGAUGACCAAGAACGCCAACAAUGUCUCGUACAUCAUCUCGCUCUUUGUUUUCUGCCUCAUCGUCCCCUUCCUGGUCAUAGUCUACUGCUAUGCUAAACUGAUGCAUGCAAUCAAACAGGUUACCGCCAUCAACACAGCUAUGAGCAGGAAGAGGGAGCAGCGUGUUCUCGUCAUGGUGGUCGUCAUGGUGAUGGUGUACCUGAUGUGCUGGUUGCCUUAUGGGGUCAUGGCCUUGCUGGCCACCUUCGGACGCCCGGACCUGGUCACCCCCGAGGCCAGCAUCGUCCCCGCGAUCAUGGCCAAGACCAGCACGGUCUUCAACCCUGUUAUCUAUAUCUUCAUGAACAAGCAGUUCCACAGGUGCUUCCGAGCGCUGCUGAGGUGCCAAGAGCCUCAGAGGGGUUCCAGCCUCAGGAACUCCUCCAAGGCACCGCCCAAAGCCGUCCGAGGCAGUGCCCGCAAAACCAACCACCACAACUUAACUUUCAUGGUUGCCUCCCUUGGGCAGCCCACCAGCGACGUCCCCCAGCUGGGGAAUGCAACCCUGGACUCAGCCUUCCCUGCUUACUCUGACAUGGUCAGGCCUACCAUUGUGUCGCUAGUGGCCCACUACAACGGCGGCCUGGGGCCGUCAGGGGUUACAACCCCUAGGAACCAAUUACAGGGAGGGGAGGAGGAUCCAGAGGGGCCGUCAAAGUGGAUUUAG